AUGGCUAACGUUUUUAAUAUUCAAGUCUUCUUCAUUGUUUUCAGAGAAGCUUUGGAAGCAGUGAUUGUCAUCUCGGUUUUAUUGGCAUUCUUAAAGCAAGGUUUAGGUGGAGCACAAAAAGAUCCACAAACUUACAAAAGGUUGGUCCGUCAAGUUUGGACAGGAGCAGCAUCUGGUCUUGGGAUUUGUAUUGUCAUUGGAGGUGCUUUUAUUGGUGCAUUUUAUGGCUUAGGGAAAAAUAUUUGGGGUAAAUCAGAAGACUUAUGGGAAGGUAUCUUCUGUUUUGUUGCAUCUGUCUUGAUUUCCUUAAUGGGUAUUCCAAUGUUAAGAAUCAAUAAAAUGAAGGAAAAAUGGAGAGUUAAAUUGGCUCAAGCUUUAGUUAAAAAGCCAAAGAAUAACAAGGAUAGGUUUAAACUUGGUCAUCUUUCUAAGAAAUAUGCUUUAUUCAUUUUACCAUUCGUGACCACUUUAAGAGAAGGUUUAGAGGCUGUUGUUUUCGUUGGUGGCGUUGGUAUCAAUGAACCUGCUACUGCAUUUCCACUCCCUGUAGUUGUUGGUUUGCUUGCCGGUGGUGCCGUUGGUGCAAUGUUGUAUAUCUUUGGAUCCAAUAUGUCUAUGCAAAUCUUCUUGAUUAUCUCCACUUGUAUUCUUUAUUUAAUUGCAGCAGGUUUGUUUUCAAGAGGUGUAUGGUUCCUUGAAUCUAAUACGUUCAACAGACAAACCGGGGGUGAUGCUGCAGAAAAUGGUUCAGGACCAGGUACUUAUGAUAUUGCCAAAUCAGUUUGGCAUGUCAAUUGUUGUAAUCCUUUAACAGACAAUGGUUGGGAUAUCUUUAAUGCCUUAUUGGGAUGGCAAAAUUCUGCAACUUAUGGUUCUGUUAUUUCUUACAAUCUUUAUUGGAUGUUGAUUAUGUCUGUGAUCUUGAUGAUGCUUUAUGAAGAAAGAACUGGUCACAUACCAUUUGCUAAAAACUUAACUUUGCGUCAAUUAAACCCAAUGUACCACAUUAAGGGUAAGAAGAAGAAUGAAUUAACUGAAGCUCAGAAACAAGAAUUGUUCUCCAAAGUUAAAGAACAAAAAUUUGAAGAGAAUGAAACCACUGUAAUUGAGACAGCUUCCAACUAA